AUGGAAGCACAGCAGAAUAAUUUACUCAACGUUACGGAAGCAAUUGAGAAACAAGUGGAUGCAGUGAUUGAACAAAUAGACAACUUGGACACCAAUGACCUAGAGCAGCUAAAACAGAACCGAAUAAAGGAAAUGAAAAAACAAGAGGAAAAACGAAAGGAAUGGCUGAGUAACGAUCAUGGAAAAUACGAGGAGUUAGCUGAAGAAAAAAUGUUCUUUGAUGUCAUCAAGAAAUCUGAAAAUGUUGUAUUGCACUUUUACACAAAUGGAUCUCCAAGGUGUGCUAUAGUUGACAAACAUCUGAGAAUCCUAGCAUCCAAACACAUUGAGACUCGUUUUGCUAAGCUGAAUGCUGAAAAGUGUCCUUUUCUUGCUGAGAAACUGAAAAUCAAGACCAUACCUACAAUUGUUUUAGUACAAAAAAGCAUAAUGAUUGACAAAGUUGUUGGUUUUAGUCAACUUGGCAACUGUGAUGAUUUCUCCACAGAGGUCAUGGAGUGGAGAAUAGCUCAAAAUAACAUUCUUGAUUAUGAUGGAGAUUUAUUGACUCCACCAAAUUUGAGGGAUACAAAGAGUAAAAACAGCAAUAAGAAAAUCAGGAGUGGCAUCUAUAACAAUGAUGAUGAUGAUGAUUUGGAGAAUGAGGAAUAUGGUUUGCCAAGGGAUUGUGCAAAAUCAGAGAGCAUCCAUAGAAGUACAGAGCUGACUCCUGAGGAAGCUGCUGAAUUGGGAAUUGAUUAA